GCCGAAUCAGGUCGAACUGGUGUAGUGCGGUGACUACUGUUCCUGUUGGUUUUGGUGUUACCAUUCCCACUACUACUGCUACUGCUUGUGCUGCUGCAACUGCGACUGGUGCUGCUCAUACGUACUUGACAGGAUGUCGGGCAGAGGCUUUUACGGACCACCUCGUGGACGUGGAGGAUAUGAUGGUCGUGGAGGUCCUCGCGGACCGGAUGGACGUCGUGGGUGUGGCUUCGAUGAACGAGAGUUGUACGGUCCGCCCCCGAGUUGUCAAGGUGGAAGAGGUCGUGGUGGACCACGAAGUGAAAGAGGAUAUGGAUCUUCACAACCUACUGAGUAUCCAUCAUUUCAACGUAACCCGUCAACAGAUCGGUCACGUGUUGGUGAUGUUCCAGGGGUGUGGAAGAAGCCUGCAUGGAGCGCGCAUGUACCUUGUGAACGUGGUGACAUAGCAUCGUCAUUACGACUGGAAAACGAGGCUACCUUGGAAGCUGCUCGCCAAAAGAAAAGCCAGUGUAUGAAGAAAGCUGUGUGUGACGUGUCUUGUGAACUUUCAAAACUAAGCAUGCAGAGGCCACUGGGAAUUCCAAACAGACCAGAUGAAGGUGGCACAGUCGGGAGAACAGUGAGAGUUACUUCAAAUUGUUGGGACCUUGCUUUCCAUCAUAAGACGGUAUACAUGUACUUUGUUGAGGCGAUCUCAGUAUACCGCCUGGACUCAAAGGAGGGCAGUAAGACGGAGAUAAGAAUGCCACCGAGGGAGUUGCGAUCUCUGACACAACAAGUAGCUAGUUCCUUUCCAGAUACGGUGGUAUAUGAUGGAGGGCACGCAAUAUACUCUGAAGACCCGUUAAGGGGUGUUACAACGGACCCUGUGGAGAAGGAGAUGGAGAUCGAAGACCCGCUUGGUCGUGAUCGCCUUCUCCUAAAGUAUCGUAUUAUGGAAGUACAGCGAGUGUCUACUUCUGAUGUUGAUCAUUUUAUAAAGAAUCCGAAGGCGACUUCGAUGAAUAUGCCCCAGGAGUCCAUCAGGCUACUGGAUUGUAUUCUGAAAACAGUCUCUAGACAGUCGUUCGUUUCUGUUGGACGUUCAGCCCUGUUCGAGGCGAAACCGAUUAGAGUUGUCGCGGAUAAACUCUUCAGCAUCCAUAAAGGUUUUAUUAGUAGUGUGCGACCUCAGUGGAAGGUCCGUGUAAACUUGGAUAUGACGUGCAAGGCGUACUUUACGUCUGGGAAUUUGGCGGACGUGAUGUACGCAAAGUAUGGCGAUGGGAUGUCUCGGUGCAGUGGAGAAAUGGCCCGUGACUUGAGAAGAAUCAGAGUGGAGAGUGAGAAGUUUUACAGGAGCGACAGUGGUAGGAUGUAUUCGCGACGGUUCACUGUGCACGGGAUGUCGUCACUACCAGCUGAUCGUCUAAUGAUUGAGGAGGUGAAUGAGACGGUGGCAGAAUAUUUUAAGAGGCAUCAUCAUAUCACACUGAAGUAUCCAGAGCUGCCUUGUGUGAAGGUUGAUCAAAAGCGGGAGGUGUAUAUGCCUAUGGAGUUGUUGAACAUACUACCGUAUCAAGCUCCUAAUGCGAGUAAAGCGGAUGUUGCUAGCGAAGUGAUCCGGUGUUCGGCAGUUCGACCGCAGGAACGUUUCCAAGAGCUGCAAAACUUUGCUAACAAUAUGCUGAAGUCACACCCACUGAUCGAACAAUUUGGUUUGGCGAUCGAGCCGAGGCCAGUGGAAGUGAAGGCACGUGUUCUGCAGCCGCCAAGUGCUAAAUUUGGUCGUUCCGGUGUGCAACCGCUAAAGGCAGGUAGCUGGAUGUCACCAGACUUUCAUGAGCCAGCUGGCAAGGGAGUGGAGCUGAUGUGGGCCAUACUUUGUGUUCCACCUAAUCAGCGGUCUCAGAAUCACAUACAAAAGGUGAUGUCAGAAAUGCCUAGAGCAGGAAGUCGCUUUGGGGUUCGUCUAAGCCCUCGACCUAUUGUGGCACAGUGUCCUACAGGAGAACUUGUCAGAAGGUUUGAAGAUUUCAGUAGACAAGGCUGUUCGUUUGUGCUUCUAAUCUUGUACGACGAGCGGAACUACUCGGCAGUUAAACGCCUGAGUGACCUGCAAAUGGGUAUCCGUACACAGUGUGUACUUGGUCGUACUCUGGAGAAGGCGAACGUUUGCCCGAACCUGUUACUGAAGCUGAAUGGGAAAUUGGGUGGUGUGAACUGGCAGAUCCCCGACCUGAUUAAGAACAGUGGUGAGUUGCUGAUGGUGUUUGGGGCGGACGUGACCCAUCCGGCGCCGACACAAACUCAUGGUGAAAUUCGGAAGUCGGUGGCUGCUGUUAUUGGUAGUGUAUCACCGGAUCUAAUGAGGUACGCUGUGGUGAUCCGCCAACAGGCGACGACAGAAAAGGGGAAUAAGGGAGCGAGAGAAAUAAUCGACGACAUGCGUGUUAUUGUGAAGGAGUUGCUUGAGGUAUACUUGCGAAAUACGAACGGUCGUUUCCCAACGCGUAUACUAUUCUAUCGUGAUGGCGUCUCGGAAGGCCAGUUCGAGAAUGUGUUGGUAGAGGAGUUGGCGGCGAUUCAGAGAGCUUGUGCAGACAUUCGUCCUGGUGAAGAACCCGCGAUCACGUAUAUUGUUGUGCAGAAGCGUCACCACAUUCGGUUUCGACCGAGCGAGCCUAGGGCGAGAAACGUGGAGCCAGGGACGGUGGUUGAUACAGACAUCACACAUCCCAGGGAAUUCGAUUUCUACUUGUGCUCACAAGAAGGGAUUCAGGGCACUUCGAAACCUGCUCACUAUCACGUUUUGUAUGAUGACAGUGACUGGACGUCGGACGGUUUGCAGUUGUUCACCUACCACCUAUGCUAUGCGUAUAUGAGGUGUUCGCGUAGUGUCUCGUAUCCAGCGCCAACUUAUUAUUCUCACUUGGCUGCAUUUCGUGCCCGUGAAUGGUUAUCGGACGUGGAGAAGCCAGAGAUUCUGUUGGACGGUGGUCGUUUUAAAGUUCACAGCAGCCAAGUUGACGGGAUGUUUUACUUGUGAGGAGAUAUUUUAUUUUUAUAUAAAUUGCACUUUAUUUUAAUC